GCAGGUACCUCGACCGCUGCUGUGCUUCAGAUACCAGUGCAUGUAGAAGGAAAAUGGAAGUCAUUGAGCUGGGAGAAGUUGACCUGAACUGCCCUUCCAACUGCCAAAUCCACAACACCCACUUCUUCGGGACAGACAGGCAGAUCAUCAGGAGAGGCCAAGCCUUCAGCUUCUACGCUCGCUUCCAGAACCGCGAGUGGGAUGACUCCGUGGACCAGGCUGUGUUCACCGUGGAGACAGGUCUCCGGCCCUGUGAAUCCAACGAGACCAAAUGUACCUUCCCCAUGGGCAGAUGUCUAGAUCAGACCUGCUGGAGUGCUUCCUACAAAGUCCAUCAGCCAAAAUGCAUCAACGUCAGCGUGUUUCCUCCUUCCAACGCCUGCCUCGGCCGCUACAUCCUCAACAUGCAGAUCACAUCUUGUGGUCACACCUAUCAGAGGUGUCUGGGAGACUUCUAUGUCCUGUUUAACCCCUGGUGUGCAGAUGACCCUGUCUACAUGGACAACCAGGCUCAGAGAGAAGAAUAUGUUCUCAAUGAACAUGGCAUACUCUAUGAAGGAGUUCAUAAGCAUAUUACAUCUCGACCCUGGCAUUUUGGACAGUUUGAAGAAGGGAUUCUGGAUAUCUGCUUGAAGAUCCUGGACAUGGGAGCCAGCUACCAUCACGGCUCCGAUCGCGACCGCUGUUGGCGCAACGAUCCCGUGCACGUCAGCAUGGUGGUCAACCACAUGAUAAGCAGCCAUACCACCAACAGUAUCAUGAAGAUUCCAGAAAACAAUGAUUACCUGAAAGGAACCAAACCAUUUUCCUGGAAUGGAAGUGUGCCUAUUCUUCAGCAGUGGUACAACGGCAGGUGCAGACCUGUGCGAUAUGGGUACUGCGGAGCUCUCGCCGCGGUGAUGUGCACAGUGAUGAGGUGUUUGGGAAUUCCAAGCCGUGUGGUCACCAACUUCUGUUUUCCAUCCUCAACUGAGAAUCCCCUCGGUGUCAAUGAGGUUUUUGACUGUACUGGGAAGAACCUGUGUGGUAAAGACAAGCUAUGGAGGUAUCACUGCUGGAAUGAAUCCUGGAUGGCUCGCAGGGACCUAAACCAGUGCUGCGGUGAUUGGCAGUGUCUGGAUCCAACGCCUCUGGAAACAGGCAGAGGGCUGGCUUGCAGCGGUCCUACGUGGGUCCGAAGCAUCAGAGAAGGGGACCUGGACUCAGACUACGACGGGCAGCACAUGUUUUCUCGUGUCAACUCCAACUAUGUGGGUUGGCUUUCCCAAAACAACGCCAAGAAGACCAAAGUCUUCUGCGACGCUUGGCCCUGCGGGCAGCAUCUCAUCACCAAGAGCGUCGGCAGUGAGCAGUUCCAAGACAUCACCGGGGCUUACAAGUAUGAACUAGGCUCAGUGAAAAACAAAGAAGCCUUUUAUAGGGCUUACAGAAGAAUUCACCCAGGGUACUGCAACGCUUCCAACUGUCAUAUUGAGAGGGAACUAUCAGCUCUGAAAAACCCAUUUUUGAGUGACUCUGGUGUCAACAUGAGGUUGAAGAUGGCAAACUGCCCCAUGUACGGGGAAGACGUCCAGCUCCACUGGCUGCUUGAAAAUCUGCGUAACGAGAACAAGACCCUGAAGUUUCAUUUGUGCGCACAAAUCAUCACCUACAGCGGCUGUCCCAUGGAUCAGUUCUGGACAGACACUGUGAAUGUCACCUUGGGCCCAAGGGAAGUGAAAAAAAUCCCCCUGUGUAUAUCAUACACUCAAUAUGGACCUUACCUCUGCGACCACAACAUCAUGAAAGUGGUGGCAGUGUCGGACCCAGAGUGCGGAGAAGUUCUGAUGGUGAGCAGGGAUGUCGUGAUCAACAGGCCUCCUGUUAUUGUGAAGCUGCUGAGCCAGCCCAGGCUGAAAGUACCGUGCACCGCGGAGAUCUCCUUCUGCAACCCUCUGCAGGAAGAUAUGAAGAACUGUGUGAUGACAUUAGAAGGCUGUGGUUUAUUCAAGGAGCCAAUGACCAUUGAUUUGGGAACACUGGCUGCCAACCAGCAAGCACGGACCGUCGUGGAGUUCACACCUUACAGGCUCGGCAGCCACCGCCUCCUGGCCAACCUGGGAUGCCACAAGUUUGCCUACUGCAAGGGCUGCGCCAAGGCUGAAGUGUGCUGCUCCGCGGGCCAGAACGGCGUCCUGCCCGUCGCCCAGAACGGCUCGGUCCCGGCGUGCCACAACGGCUCCGUCCCCGUGAACGGCUCCGGGCCCGUGCCCGCGGCAGACCCUGCCUUCAACUCCAUGUGUGAAUACAUCUGCAUCCCGGUGUGCAACCCAAACUGCAACGCAGCGGGCCAGCCCGUGUACGACUUCGUCUACCUGCCUGCAGGCCACCCCUUGUGCAGCUCCAUCUGCAACCAAGGCUUCGGCCCCAGCAUCAAUCCCGGGUUUGACCUGGGAUGCGAUCCAGGCUUCCGUGUCAUAUGCGAGACUGUGCCUUCUGCUGCCUGCACCCAGAUGCCUCCCACCGUGUACGGCUCCGUGCCGGCUCCAGCACCCAACCCCAUGUGCGCCCCUAUGCCGCACGUGGUGUUUGAGACGGGUCCUGCCCCCGCACAGCAGCCUGCAGGCGGCGGGGGGCCCAUGUCCUACUCCGUGUCCGUCCCGGCCAACAACGCGGUGAGUGCCUUGCUGACCCACUUCAUGGCCGGCUCCGCUCCCGCUGCAGCAGCCCAGACGGUCCCUGCCCACAUGUCGGCUCCAGCAGCUCACACCGUGGGCGCUCCAGUGGUGCACACCAUAGGCGGCCCCAUGCCAGCACCAGCGCCCGGUGCCACCGUCUCGCAUGUCGUCUGCGGCUCUGCACCCUCUCCCAGCACCCAGCCUCACUGCGGCUCAGUGCUCACCCUGCCCUCCCAGCCUCUGAGCACCCCCGGAGCACACGGCAUGUGCUCCCCAGGCUCAGCGGCCUCUCCGGUGCCCCACUCUGCCGCCCGUAGCGCCACCCCAGCGGGGCUGCAGAUGGGGAGCGCCCCCGCAACCCACUCGCGGUGCUCACCGGCCCCUCGUCCCGUGGGACCCCCCGCAGCCCACUCGCUGUGCUCUCCGGCUCCCCGCCCGGUGGGACCCCCCGCAGCCCACUCGCUGUGCUCCCCCGUCUCUGCCUCCCUGGGGACCACGGGAGCCCGCCCCAGCAGCUCGCCUGCCGCCUGCGCCGAGGACUCGCCGGGAGCCUGCCUGCCGUGCCCCCCGACGCCGCGCCCGCUGACCGCCACCACCGCCCGCUCCCUCUGCGCGCCGCCGUCUCGUCCUCUCUCCCGCCUCGCCGGCACUCCGGGCUCUCGCUCGCUGUGCGGCCCGCAGUGGGGUCCCUCCGGUGACACCGCCACUCGCUCGGGCUCCCACAGCACGUGGGGUGUCGCCCCCCGCUCGGCGUGGAGCCCCCCGGGGCGCUCGGGCUACUCCCCCUUGUCCCGCACAGCCUACGGCUCGCUCUCACGCCCCCCCUACAGCUCCUUGUCCCGCUCCUCCUUCAACACAUUGUCCCGCUCCACCUACACCCCCCUGCCCCGCUCCACCUCUCCCUCUGCCUACGCCACCCUGCCGCGCUCUGCCGCACGCCCCUCCAGCAGCAUCCUGGCCCAGGCAGGGUCCCGCACACCCUGGAGCUCGAGGAGGGACACCCUCACCUACUUCAAGCGCAAGUAUCUGUGAUGGGGGCAGACCUGGCAAACGCUGAAGCCACGGAGUUAAAGCAGAGGCUUUGAACGAGGUUAGGGUGAUGGAGAGCAGACCCGAGCGUUUCUGCAGGCGUUUGAGCUGUGGCAGAAGGCAGGCUGCUGGCGGCUGCCGAGGGAUGCGUUCCAUGUCCUACUCACCCGCCUGGAGAUGGGGCGCAGGGAAGUGACAAACGGAUGCGCGCCCCGCGGAGCCAUCCUGACAACAGUUGCACAGGGCAGGUAAUCAGAUUUGCUUGCUCGGUCAAGCUGGUUUAUAAGGGAUGUGCUUUCACUUUCUCUUCUCUCGAUUUCUUGCGCUGCAUGUUUCUCAGGUCUC